AUGUUCUUCUCAACCGCUCAAGUUGCUGCCUUGGCCUUCGCCUUGACAAACUCUGUGGCUGCUCUCCCCGACAAGUGGGAUAGCAGUCUGUUUCUCCCUGAGGAGAACAAACAAGUCGAUGGCAAGAGGAUCAUCGGCUACAACAUUGUCACUGAGGGUAGAACCUUCUUCAAGAAUUACAAUGGCCAGAAAUGCCCCACCAACGGCGCCAGCUUUGCACAACUUGGCGAUGGCACAUACAUUUAUUCCGACUUUGGAGACUUUGCCAAGGUGGAUGACAGUGACUCCAUCUGUGUUUACGUUGCCAACGACGCCUUCGUUGAUGCCCCUAAGGCAUGGAUCCCCCAAACGGUCGACGAUAAGGAACUGUGGGGCAACAACACGAACAUCGACGGACACAUUAGGGACCUCGACAACGACUGGACUCCUGCCACCACCAUCCGCUUGGGCAACGUCGAAGACGGCCCUGAAAGCGUGUUGCAAAUCGUCCUCCCUGAAGCUUUUGAAUCGGACGAUGCUCUCGGCAUCUCAUACAAGUGUUAUAGCAUUGCAUCUGUCGGACCAUGGGAGAGCACUGAGACGGAGCCUUUGCUUUGGGAUGGAAUGCGCAACUGCAAGGGCUUGCAGAGCAAUUUCUGCAGUGAGAACUAG